AUACUCGAUAAUUUUUUGAACGGUGAUUGUGGCAACUCUACAUUUACAUUUUAGUUUUUUGUUGAAAAGUGCAAAAUUGUGUUAAAUUAAUAUUUAUCAUGGCUGACACAGACACACAACAGCAUUCAGAGCCGCAUCACGACGAGGAUGUGCACGAUGCCAACUAUCAAGCGCCCCCAACAAAGACUAUUGAGGAAAUUAUGGCUGCCGAUCAGGAAGAUGAAAGCCUAAGACGUUACAAGGAGGCGCUGCUAGGUGCUGCCCAGGCCGAAAAGAUUAUUGUGGAACCUAAUGAUGAGCGUAAGGUGAUUGUAAAAAAAUUGGCGCUAGUUGUGGAGGGUCGCGAUGAUAUGGAAUUGGAUCUAAGUGGCGAUAUUAGUCAGCUCAAAAAACAGCUCUUUGUGAUUAAGGAAGGCGUUCAGUACAGGGUUCGCAUUGAUUUCAUUGUACAGCGUGAAAUUGUUCAUGGCCUUAAGUAUGUGCAAAAGACCUACCGUAUGGGUGUGCCGGUUGUGGUGGACAAAAUGACGCACAUGGUUGGCUCGUACCCACCCAAAAAGGAAAUUCAGUUCUAUUUAACGCCUCCGGAGGAGGCACCCUCUGGCAUGGUAUCUAGAGGUACUUACUCGGUUUCUUCGGUCUUCACGGAUGAUGAUAAGCACAUACACUUAAAAUGGGACUGGACCUUUGAGAUCAAGAAGGAUUGGGCAUAAGACAGAGCAGCACUUACACAUAUACACACCACCACCACCACCACCACAUUUUACAAGAAAACACUAGCAAGCCUGUCAAAAUUUAUGUAAAUUACCGAUUUGUGCAAAUUUGUUUUCAAAUGUCACGAAAAUUCCUAAUUGUCAAGUAUUUGUGUUAACGGUAUUAAUCAACAAAUUAUUUUUGUAUUUUAAAAAGUUGUAAAUGAGAAGAAAAGCCAUGAAAAGUAUUUUUGAUACUAUUGAAAUUGAAAUUGAGUGUGUGUAAAUGAAAAGUUGUCGCUUAUGUUUCUUUAUAAGACAGUCAUGCAAUCAAUCAAUCAGCCAGCCAGUCAGUCACUUCAGUCAGUUCAAAAUGCCAUUGGAUAUGUAAAACAUAAGUUUCUUGAAAAAACUGAUUUAAUGAUAAACUUUAAAAAAGUUUUGUGCAUUUGCCUUGUAUUUAAACUGUUAAAUUUAUAAAUAAUUGUCAUCCCAGAUUGUGUAAUUAAUGCAAGAGCAAUUCAGUUUGAAAAAUCAAAUUUAAUAUCCAAAGAUGUAUUGCAGUCGCAUCUUGUAUACAUAUUAUAAUACAUGUAUUAAUUAAGAGAAAAAACUGUGUAAUGCAUUUGAUAUAUAUUAUUUUCGUCGUGAAGCGGCAUUUAAGCGAGCGCUGCACUUGCUAGUUGCUCAUACCUAAUCCAUUUGUUCUGUGUAAUUCAUGUAUGAUUUAAGCAAAUGCAGGAAAAACGUAACUUAAAGCAAUGAUAAUAAAUUAUAUGCAAGUAUUGAACAAGA